AUGGCCCAACCACUGUCUGCACAGCAUGCCACCGCCCUCUGCGCCGGGGUCGACGCGGUCAUUACACACCUUCAGAGCACCCUUGAGCACGAUUUCAACCUUCAGCAUAUGCGCAUAGCAUACACAGCUGGCGUCAAUGCUUAUCUCGAGAAGAUGCUUCAGGCAAACCUUCAACAACACAUCGAUCGGGUCCAGUUCGAAAACGCCCUUCGACUUGCUCUUCCUCAGUCCCUCGGCAACGAGCCUUAUGCUAUGAUCAUCAAACGGCAGUUUCUCCUUUCAGGCCUCUCUACCGACAUUAUUCUUUACGAUACUCAUUGGGCGCAGCAGUAUCACGCCCGAAACCUCGCCAAUCCAAACCCAACAGGCACCCCUGGCAUCAUGUCCACAAGAUCAUCAACUACGGAGACUCGAAACGCUCUAAUGAGUUACCGCCAGAGGGUAUACGCUGAGGCAAUGAGAGAUGUCGCUGAAGGAGAGGGUAGGCAUCAUUUUGUCACUGGACAGGAGAUGGUGAUGCAAACCGACGCCUGCAUCAACAAGUGGGUUGAAUUUGUGAAGGCAGCCGGAGGCACCGUGUGGGAAGAAACAAGCAGGGACAACGAAGACGUCCACAAUGAUCAGGAGGAAGGUGCGGAGCCCAACGAGAAUGCAGUCGAUGAAGUCGCCGCUGUCCACGUCCGCAACUGGGGGGAACGAGCUGAUGGGCGCUUCUACUGCACCAUUUGUGUUGGCCAUGGGGGCAUUGCACAUUGGAGCUCUCUCAAACGCCACAUGCAGUUGAAACACCAUCUAGAUACCUGAGGGGGUCUGAUGGGAAGAUGAGGGAUCUGAAGGAGAUUGAAAACGAGGAAUGACAUGACCAUGACACAACAUCGACACCAGUGGGCCACUGGCCUACAGGGUAAUAGAUUCGGUGAGCUUGCACGGUGUUUUUCAUUCAGCCUUGUUUUACCCCGAGCUAUUGUGGAUGAACCCCCAGUUAAU